UUCUCUCUCUCUUUCUCUUCCAGUUUGUGGAGUACCUGUUAGCACAGGCUUUGGUGUAAAGAUGGCUAAGUCUAAGAACCACACCACCCACAACCAAUCACGAAAAUGGCACAGAAAUGGCAUCAAGAAACCUAGGUCACAGAGAUAUGAGUCUCUGAAAGGGGUUGACCCCAAGUUUCUGAGAAACAUGCGCUUUGCCAAGAAACACAACAAGAAGGGACUGAAGAAGAUGCAGGCCAACAACGCCAAAGCCAUCAAGGCUCUGAACACCAAGGCCUCCAAGGCCAAGCUCCUCAGGCCCAAGAUCUCCAAGGCCAAUGCCCGGCGUGCUGGACAUAAGAUGGCCACCAAGCGUCCAGGCUCAAGGGUUGGCAUCAAACGUCCAGGCUCCAAGAUCACGAAGCCUGACUCCAAGGUUGCCAGAACCACUGACCCCAAGAAUGCCAAGCCCACCGACCCCAAGGCUGCCAAGUCUGCUGAUCCCAAGGCUGCCAAGUCCCCUGCCCCCAAGGUCACCAAGUCUGACCCCAAGGCUGCCAAGCCCACUGAUCCCAAGGCUGCCAAGUCCCCUGCCCCCAAGGUCACCAAGUCUGACCCCAAGGCUGCCAAGCCCACUGAUCCCAAGGCUGCCAAGUCCCCUGCCCCCAAGGUCACCAAGUCUGACCCCAAGGCUGCCAAGCCCACUGAUCCCAAGGCUGCCAAGUCCCCUGCCCCCAAGGUCACCAAGUCUGACCCCAAGGCUGCCAAGCCCACUGAUCCCAAGGCUGCCAAGUCCGCUGCCCCCAAGGUCACCAAGUCUGACCCCAAGGCUGCCAAGCCCGCUGAUCCCAAGGCUGCCAAGUCCGCUGCCCCCAAGGUCACCAAGUCUGACCCCAAGGCUGCCAAAUCUGGCUCCAAGGCCGCCAAAUCUGAUUCUAAGGUUACAAAGCCCACUGAUGCCAAGGCUGCUAAGCCUGCCGAGUCCACUGACUCUAAGGGCACCAAACCAAAAGAUGCUGGGGCUAAAGCUUCUAGUCCCAAGCCUUCAAAAUAG